CGUUCGGACCCGGGACCGGAAGUACCUGUAUCAGGAGGCGGAGCAGUUGCUCCUUGGAGAAGGGGAUGAAGCGCUCACGCAGCCGCGCCUCAGCUGGCCCAGAGCACCUGGACAGCAGUGUCUGGCCGUGCCGCCCCUCGCCACCCGUGGACCCUGAAGGAGAGGAGCCACCAUGCACGUGCCCGAAAGCCUCCAGAACCUGGCCAACAGCGAGGUCGUGCAGUUUCUGAAGAAGCCGAAGACGAUGGCGCGGAUCCUCGCGGCGGUCUUCUCCCUGGUCGUCUUCUCCUCCCUGCUGACUGACGGCUACCAGAACAAAACAGACUCCCCGCAGCUCCACUGCGUCCUCAACAGCAACAACGUGGCCUGCAGCUUCGCCGUGGGCGCCGGCUUCCUGGCCUUCCUGAGCAGCCUGGCCUUCCUCGUCCUGGACGCCCACGAGGGCCGUGUCGCCAGCACCCGCUUCAAGACGGCCUUCCAGCUCUUGGACUUCAUCCUGGCCGUCAUCUGGAUGGGCGUCUGGUUCGUGGGUUUCUGUUUCCUGGCCUACCAGUGGCAGCACUCGCCACCCAGAGAAUUCCUCCUGGGGAGCAGCAGCGCCAAGGCCGCCGUCACCUUCACUUUCUUCUCCUUCCUGGUCUGGAUGUUCCAGGCCUACUUUGCGCUCCAAGACCUCCGAAACGAUGCCCCGGUCCCCUACAAGUGCUCCCUGGAUGAGGGGGGCGUGGUGCUGACCACCCUGUCCCCGCCCUCUGCCACCAGCCCUGUCAACUCCUCCACCACUGGCUCCAAUAGCGUGAAUUAUGCCAGCUCUGCCCCGUACCCCUAUAUGGCCACUCCAAAGCCUCCCCGCCUCGCUAUGAUGCCCGACAACUAAACCUGCACCCCCCACCCACCCCCAUCCGCGUCAGUAAAGAGCUAACCCUCCCUCUGGGAGUUUUCUGAAAA